AUGGAGUUCGCCUCAUGUUCGUGGCCGAUAUGGCGGACCGAUGACUUCACCAAUUGUUUCUUACAGGACUACCUCCGGAUCCUACUGCCAUUGGUCAUCAUUGGCCUGUCGUUCCUCCAACUCGCCGUGCAAAACAUCGUGCGAGCCGUGAAGCUCAAAUAUGGCGGAGGGUACGAGAGCAUUCCAACGACAUUAUCGCCGGCGACACACACAGAGCUACCUCGCGAGGAAGAACCGGUCAGCGAGGACGAGGCAGAAGACCUGACGAUCGGCGGCGGUCGUCUUGCGCUGGUCAAGACGACUACGAGGGGCUCGAUCGUGCAGGCCGACGUCCCCCCGGGCCAGACGUUCUCCGUUCUUAUCGAGGAGCUCGCUGUAUUAGGUCUCGUUGCCAUCAAUGCCGUCGCGCUGGCCACCGGCGCCUAUGGGAAGGAGCGGGGAGGCAGCAUUGCCGCCGUUGCCGGCUUGACUGUCUGGGUCUACGUCCUGCUGCUGACUUCGCUCCGGCUCUUCCUGGGGAACACGCCAUGUCGCAUCCCGCGGAUCUGGAACCACACGGCUGCCAUAUAUUGUUUCCAAUGGCUGUUCGCGCUGGUCAUGUUCCGCUCUGCUCUGGUGCACCCGAGGCAGCGAACGGCCCAGACGCUGGUGGUUGCCGAGUUCGCGUUGACAUCGCUGCUGUUCGUCAUGGCCAUCAGUACUCGCAAGGGUAAUAAGACCAUCCUGUUGGAGUGGGAGGACGGCAUUGAGCCUGGCCGCGAGAGCCUGGCGUCCCUGUUCUCGCGUUACACCUUCUCUUGGGUCGACUCGAUCAUCUGGGCCGGUUGGAAGGAGCCGUUGGAUAUCAAAAGGGUCUGGAACCUGCUUCCCAGGGACAAGGCAGCCACCGUUCUGGCCAGUUACCGCCAGUUCAGGAAGACCACUUCUCUGUCCUUCCACCUCGUGAGGUACUUCAAGGGCCUGUUGUUUGAGCAGGCCGUCUGGGCUGUCAUGGGUGGCAUUCUUACCUUUGCGCCCACACUGCUGCUCCGGGCGAUCCUGCAAUAUGUGGAGGACCCCGCAAUGGCCCCGAGGAACGUGCUGUGGCUGUACGUCAUCCUGCUCCCUGUGACUGAUGUCCUCCGGUCGGUUUGCGACGGCCAAGCCCUGUGGAUCGGCCGCAAGAUCUGCAUCAACAUCCGGGCCAUUCUGGUGGGCGAAAUCUAUGCCAAGGCCCUUCGCAGAAAAGCGGCGGCCGGCAAAGAUACCACCCUCGGGGCGGACAAGAAGAAGGACCCCGCAUCUCAGGGUGGAAAAGGCGGCAUCAUCGCGAGGGCGAAGCGAUUCCUCGGCCUCGGAGGAGAAGCGAAACAGGGCGGCGAGACAUCUGCGAACACUGCUACGGAUGGAUCAGGUGGCAAGGACAAGGCGGGCGAUUCGGACGAGCAGGUCAAUUUGGGUACCAUCAUCAACUUGAUGUCCGUGGACAGCUUCAAGGUGUCCGAAGUAACCGCGUACAUCCACUUCCUUGUUGCAGCAGCCCCCACGCAGCUGUUCGUCUCCAUCAUCUUGCUCUACCAGGUCAUGGGGUUGAGCGCCAUUCCCGGCUUCGUCGUCAUGGCGCUGCUGCUUCCGAUCAACAUUGCAUUCGGCAGGGGCUUCAACUCGAGUCAGAAGAGGAUCAUGGCUGCUACGGACAAGCGGAUUCAUACGACGAACGAGAUUCUGCAGAACAUCAGGAUCAUCAAGUACUUUGCCUGGGAGCACCGGUUUGCUGACAUCGUCGACGAGAAGCGGCGGGCGGAGCUCAAGGCGCUGCGGAGGCGCUUCAUGAUUUGGGCCUCGGCUGUGGCGGUCUGGAACACUGUGCCCAUUCUGAUCACCUUCUUCUCCUUCCUCAUCUACACUGUCGUCGAGAAGAAGCCGCUGUACCCCUCGGUCGCCUUCACGGCCAUCUCGCUCUUCAUGCUUCUUCGCUAUCCGCUCGACCAGCUCGGCGACAUGAUCGCGCAUGUUCAGGAAUCCAAAGUGUCUAUCGACCGUAUCGAGGAAUUCCUGGCCGAGGAGGAGACCGAGAAGUUCGCCCAGCUCGGCAUUGACAACGUCGACGAGAGUGGCAAUAGAGUCAUCGGAUUCAAGAACGCCACCUUCGUCUGGGGUAGCAAGACCACCGUGGCGGAGGACGGCUCCAUGGCCUUCCGCCUGCUUGAUCUGGACCUCGACUUCAAGAUUGGAAAACUGAACGUCAUCACCGGUCCAACAGGGUCUGGAAAGACGUCGCUGCUGAUGGCGCUCCUUGGCGAGAUGACCAUCAUGCAAGGCCGCGUCUAUCUCCCCGGCGGCCGCAGCCGGGAGGAUGUCCGCCCGGACCCCGAGACAGGGCUCGCUGAGACAUGCGCGUAUGUCGCCCAGCAGGCAUGGCUUGUCAACGCCAGCAUCAAGGACAACAUCUUGUUCUCGGCCCCCUACGACGAGCAAAGAUAUCGCCAGGUGAUCGUGGCCUGCGCGCUGGAGCGCGACCUGGAGAUCCUCGACAACGGCGACGAGACCCUGGUUGGUGAGAAGGGCAUCACACUCUCUGGCGGCCAGAAGCAACGCAUUUCCCUCGCCCGAGCAGUCUACUCGAACUCCAAACACUUGCUCAUGGACGACUGUCUGAGCGCGGUCGACUCCCAUACUGCGCAGUGGAUCUUCAACAACUGUAUCAUGGGCCCGCUAAUGCGUCACCGGACCUGCAUCCUGGUUUCGCACAACAUCCCGCUGUGUGUGCCACCGGCCGACUUCGUCGUGACGAUGGCCAACGGACGCAUCACCGGCCAAGGAACACCACAGGAGCUCAUCACGGCCGGAAAACUCCCCGAAGAUGCUGCCGUCCAGCGGUCUGCGCCGGGAUCCGCUCACAUUUCACGGGUGCCGUCCCGUGUGCCUUCCAGUGUCGGCGAGGAGAGCGGCGACACUCUCGUGAAUGACGCGGACGGCGAUCAACAGAGGGCGAGGAGUGUAGCGGUGAAGAAAAAGGAGAUCAAGAAGCAGGAUGCCAUGGAGGAGACCAAGGCAGUGGGCGCAGUGAAGUGGCCGGUCAUGAAGCUUUACCUUCGGUCUAUGGGGGGUUGGUUCUUCUGGCUGGUCGCGGCUCUCGUGUUCGGGGCGCAGCAGCUGUCCGGCGUGGCGUCGAGCCUCUGGAUUAAGCAGUGGUCCAACCAGUACGCCAGCGAAGAGUCGGCCAAGGUCAAGUUCAACAUGAACUCCCUGACCUACUCGACGCAGACGCUUUCGCCGACCUACUUCGCCUCGAUUGCAAACUACGCAAGGGGUAAUUCGACAACAUUUUCGGCAGCCGGAAACCGGGAUGUGAAUGUCACGUAUUAUCUGACGGUGCUGGCUGUUAUUGGCAUAGCAGGCGCGGUGGCUGCUCUGGUCCGAGACCUGUGGAUCUUCCUCGGCUCACUCACGGCCUCCUGGAAACUCCACGACGGUCUCAUGACUGCUGUGACGGGCGCCAAGUUCAAGUUCUUCGACGUCACUCCGCUGGGCCAGAUGAUGAACCGGUUCAGCAAGGACUUGGAGGCGGUCGACCAGGAAGUGGCGCCCAUCGCCAUCGGUGUCAUGUCUUGUGCGCUGGGAAUUGUCGUAACUGUCAUUCUUAUCGCCUACAUCACGCCUGGAUUCCUGAUCUCCGGUGUCUUCAUCACGCUGGCAUACGUCUUCCUUGGGCAGUUUUACCUUCACGCGUCGCGGGACCUGAAGCGGCUGGAGUCGGUCGAGAGGAGCCCGCUCUUCCAACAGUUUGGAGAGACGCUGAGCGGUGUCACGACGAUCCGGGCAUACGGCGACGAGCGGCGCUUCAUCCGGGAUAACCUGGCCCGGAUCAACACCCAGCUCCGGCCGUUCAUCUACCUGUGGGCCGCUAACAGAUGGCUUGCGUUCAGGACCGAUCUUCUCGGCGACUUCGUCGCCUUCUUUGCCGGUGUGUUUGUCAUCAUAAGCCUCGGCAAGAUCGACCCGGGCUCGGCGGGCAUCUCGCUCAGCUACGCGAUUGGGUUCGCCGACAACAUCCUCUGGCUGGUCCGCCUGUACGCCAUGAACGAGCAAAACAUGAACUCGGUCGAGCGGAUCAAGGAAUAUCUGGACGUGGAGCAGGAGGCGGCGGCCGUGGUGGAGAAGAACCGCCCGGCGGAGAACUGGCCGUCCCAGGGAACGGUCGAGUUCAUCAAUUACAGUACUCGGUAUCGCAAGGAGCUGGAGCCAGUCCUCCGCAACCUCACGUUCAAGAUUGAGGCUCACGAGAAGGUUGGCAUUGUGGGGCGGACCGGAGCCGGCAAGAGCUCGCUCACACUGGCCAUCUUCAGGGCCUUGGAGGCCGACGAGGGCAAGAUCCUCAUCGACGACGUCGACAUCGGCCAGAUUGGCCUUCGCGACCUGCGCGAGGCCAUCACGAUCGUGCCGCAAGAGCCGACGCUCUUCAUGGGCACCAUACGCACCAACCUCGACCCGUUCAACCUGUACACGGACGAACAGAUCUUCACCGCCCUGCGCCGUGUCCACCUCAUCGGAGAAGACGAGCUCAUAGCAGUCACCAAUCCGCCGACGCCUCUCCUCCCCGAACCCACCACGGCUGCCGACACGGUCGCCGCCACCACCACCACCACCACCAAUCAAGAUCAACAAUCCACCACCGUCAGCGUCACGAAUAAGAAUAUCUUCCUCGACCUCUCCUCCCCGGUCACCGAGUCCGGCAACAACCUCUCGCAGGGCCAGCGCCAGCUCCUGUGCCUGGCGCGUGCGCUGCUCAAGAGGCCGACCGUCCUGGUCAUGGACGAGGCCACCGCGUCGAUCGACUAUGCCACGGACUCGGCCAUCCAGGAGACCAUCCGCGAACUGACGAGCACCAUCAUCACGAUCGCGCACCGCCUGCAGACCAUUGUCGACUACGACAAGGUGCUGGUGCUGGACAAGGGCCAGAUUGUCGAGUACGGCCAUCCGUGGGAGCUGAUGCGCAAGGCCGGCGGCAGCUUCCGGGGAAUGUGCGAGAUGAGCGGGGACUAUGCGAGCUUGGCGGCCGCGGCGAAGAAGGCAUGGCGCGCGAGGCAGUUGGUGGAUCUCGAUGAGGAUGGGGAUCAGGAUGAUAGGGAUGGGAGUGGAAGUGCGGGUUCUUCGGCCGCUGCGGGUGCGGAUGCGGCUGGAGAAGAGGGAACUGUGCAGGGUGCGGAGACUGCCGGGACGUCAUGA